AUGGCGCUCACUUCAUAUGUCUGCGUCAAUUGCAGACUCUCUUCGAAACUGACCCGAGUGCCCCUGCGCAACUUCUCUGCCGCCCGGAGUAUUCGCGACGUCUUACGACCCGCGACAGCCCCAAAGUCCACGCCGGACGUCAAACACAUCCGCCAAAAUGCCGAACUCUACGCGCAAAACUGCUUAGAUCGCAACUACGCGGCGCAUGCAGUCUAUCCAUCGAAGAUCGAACAGUUAUCACAUGAAGCGAAACAGCUGGAUCACGAUCUGAAAACCCCCCGAUCCCGCAUCAAACAGUUGGAACAAGCGAUCGCAAAGCUAUACGGUGCGACACGGCAGGACAAGAAGGAUGGGGCUCAAAUCGAGAAAAAUGAGAAGGGACUCGACCUCCAUGAGCAAUUGGCCGAAUUAAAGUCCGAAGCCCAGCAGCUGAAAGACGACUCCCAGGCGAUGGUCGACCGCAAAGCCACCUGCACAGAAGAGAUCAACCGACUGGCCCUCGCCCUUCCGAACCUCUCCUCACCAUUCACGCCCGUCGGCCACGACCCCGAUCUUGUCUCCUAUAUCAAUUUCAACCCCCAAGAACCCCCAUCAUGGACCCGCCAGUCCGCCGCCGAGCUCCAGGCACGGUCGCACGUCACCAUCGGCACAGAGCUCAACCUGAUUGAUUUUGCGAGCUCCGCGACCACAACGGGAUGGGGCUGGUACUUUUUGAUCAACGAGGGCGCCAUGCUAGAGCAGGCUCUCGUGCAGUAUGCGCUGAGUGUGGCACGACGCCGCGGAUGGCGCACCGUUGCUCCCCCCUCAAUCGUCUACUCCUACAUCGCUGAGGCGUGCGGGUUCCAGCCGCGCGAUCAACACAAUGAACAGCAGAUCUGGUCAAUCGAGCAGAACGACCGUGAUCGCCAUAAUAAGCCCCAGCGCUCGCUGACGGGCACUGCCGAGAUCCCCCUCGCAGCCAUGUAUGCCGGUCGCGACAUCAAUGCUGCCGAUUUACCCAUCAAGCUCGUCGGAGCGAGCAGGUGCUACAGAGCCGAGGCCGGAUCCCGCGGGGUAGAUACAAAGGGUCUCUACCGGGUGCACGAGUUCACCAAAGUCGAGCUCUUCGGAUGGACAGAUAAUGUAGACGCAAAAGUGCGAUCAACCCCAACCUCCGAUGACUUGUUCAACGAGCUGCUAGAGAUGCAGACAGAUAUCCUGACCUCCCUCUCACUACCAUGUCGCGUCUUGGAAAUGCCGACGGGCGAUUUGGGCGCCAGCGCAACUCGCAAACGCGACAUCGAAGCCCUGUUCCCUUCGCGUCUGCGACAUGCCUCCAAUGCCGAUGUCACCCCUAUCGACUCCUCCAUCCAUGAAUUGGAGUCUGCUUGGGGUGAGGUGACCUCCGCUUCUAUCUGUACCGAUUAUCAAAGUAGGCGACUGGGAGCUCGAGUCCGUGGCACGGCCAAGGAAUCUCGAUUCCCACACACUGUCAAUGGCACUGCAAUGGCUGUCCCGCGCGUACUCGCCGCCAUCUUGGAGAAUGGGUGGGAUGUAGAGCGUGGCGUUGUUGUUAUUCCCGAGGUUUUACGGCCUUGGAUGGAUGGAAUGGAGACUAUCGGGAGAAAAUGA